AUGCCAGGGAACGCGGGUGCUGCGUCUGGCCUGGUGUCCACGACUCACCUCCCCAGGAAAGCACAAGCCGUGCACAUCGGCCCCCCAAACCCCACCAACCCGGAGGUGCCCCGAGCGUCCACCCCACUGGCCGCGCCUGGCAAGAUGGCGUCCAACCUGGAGUGUCAGAUGUCUAGAAAGCUCCUGGUGAAGACAGUGCUCUUUCUAACCCAGAGGAGGGUGCAGAUCGGCGAGUUCUUGAAGCUCAGUGUAGCCAAAGGGCUCACGCAGGCCCUGCGGAAGGCUUUCCAGCAGAACGACGUCUCGGCUCACGUGGACGUGCUGGAAUACUCGCACAACCUCACGGUUGGCUAUUACGCUACCAGAGGGCGCUCGGUCUACUUGCCUGCUGUGGUGACGGAGAUGCUGGGCGUCUAUGGGGUCAGCAACGUCACCGCUGACCUGAAGCAGCACAGCCCGAACCUCCAGUCUGUGGCAGUGCUCGCCUCGCCGUGGAGCCCACAGCCCGCGAGCUACUUCCAGCUGAAAACAGUGCUGCAGUUCGUGAGCCCGUCGGACAACAUCCGGUCCUGCAGGUUCGCGCAGACCAUGGAGCAGCGGCUGCAGAGCGCAUUCCAGGACGCCGAGAGGAGAGUCCUGAGCACCAGGAGCAACUUGACGAUUCAGAUCGUGAGCACGUCCAACGCCUCCCAGGCCGUCACCCUGGUGUACGUCGUGGGCAACCAGAGCAUGCUCCUCAACGGCACCGUGGCCAGCAGCCUGCUGAGCCGGCUAUCGGCCGAGCUGGUGGGCUUUCACCUCGCCUACCCGCCGCUCACCAUCGCCGAACCCCUGGAGUACCCCAACCUCGACAUAUCAGAAGCGACCAGAGACUACUGGGUAAUUACAGUGCUGCAGGGUGUGGACAACUUGCUCGUGGGCCGGCACAACCAGAGCUUCGCCCGCAUCAUGGAGCAGCGCCUGGCCCAGCUCUUAGAGCGCCGGCGGCGGAGGCGGGCCGCCACCAUGGGGAGCUACACCGUGCAGAUGGUGAAGAUGCAGCGUGUGCCAGGGCCCAAGGACCCGGUGGAGCUGACCUACUACACCCUGCACAACGGGAAGCCUCUGCUGGGGACUGCGGCCGCCAAGAUCCUGAGCACCAUCGACUCCCAGCGGGCGGCCUUGACUCUGCAGCACGUGGUCCUCCUGCAAGCUGACCCCGUGGUGAAGAACCCGCCCAACAACCUGUGGAUCAUCGCGGCCGUGCUGGCGCCCAUCGCCGUGGUCACCGUCAUCACCGUCAUCAUCGCCGCCGUGCUCUGCAGGAGGAACAAGGGCGACUUCAAACCGGACGCCGUGAUGAGCCUGCCGCAGAGAGCCAAGCCGGUGCAGGGCUUCGACUACGCCAAGCAGCACCUGGGCCAGCAAGGGGCGGACGACGAGGCCAUCCCUGUGGCGCAGGAGACCGUGGUCCUCCCGCGGCCCGUCAGAGAUGCACCGCAAGAAAGGGACCUUGCUCCAGACGGGAGCACCAUCAAGACCGCCAAGUCCACGGAGACCAGGAAGAGCAGGUCGCCCAGUGAGACCGGCUCUGUCAUCAGUAACGAAUCAGGGAAGCGCAGCUCAGGGAGACGCUCACCCCAGAACGCAACCGCGCAGCCGAAGGCGCUGAAGGAGGAGGCCAGGAAGAGAAACGUGCCCGCGAGUGACGACGAGGAGGAAGUCGUGCUUUUUGACAACUCUGGCAAGUCAGCCGCAGACCCCUUCGACUCGUCGUCCGGGUCAGUGCAGCUCAUCGCCAUAAAACCCACAGCCCUGGCCCCAGCCCAGCCCGGCCCGGACAGGCAGGAGCCCGCGGCGGUCCUCAACGGCGAGGUGAACAAAGCCCUGAAGCAGAAGUCGGACAUCGAGCACUACCGGAACAAGCUGCGCCUCAAAGCCAAGAGGAAGGGGUAUUACGACGUCCCCCCGGGGGAGACCAGUAAGGGUCUGAGUGAACGGAAGAGGAUGUACGAGAAGGCCCCGAAGGACGUGGAGCACGUCUUGGAUCCAGACCCGGAGCUACGCCCUCCGUUUGCUGAGUCUAAAAACAGGCAACAGAUGAAGAGCUCCGUCUACCGAAGCCGGCAGUCUCUGAACAGCCCGAGUCCCGGGGAGACCGAGAUGGACCUGCUGGUAACACGGGAGCGGCCCCGGCGUGGGAUCCGGAACAGCGGCUAUGAUACUGAGCCGGAGAUCAUAGAGGAAACCAACGUGGACAGAGCCCAGGAGCCCCGGGGCCACGCCAGGUCGCGGCCGGUGAAAGGGCACUCGGAGACCUCCACGCUGAGCUCCCAGCCGUCCAUCGACGAGGUCCGGCAGCAGAUGCACCUGCUGCUGGAGGAGGCCUUCAGCCUGGCGUCCGCCGGCCACGCAGGUCAGGCCCGGCACCAGGAUGCCUACGGCUCCACCCAGCACCUGCCCUGCCCGGAGGUGGUGACCAGCGCCCCGGGGACCAUGACGCGGCCCAGGGCCGGGGUGCAGUGGGUGCCGACCUACCGCCCUGAAGUGUACCAGUACAGCCUGCCCCGGCCGGCCUACAGGUUUUCUCAGCUUCCUGAAAUGGUCAUGGGCUCCCCGCCUCCACCUGUGCCUCCCCGGACCGGCCCGGUGGCUGUCACGUCUCUCAGGCGGUCCACCUCUGACAUCGGCAGUAAGACCAGGGUGGCCGAGUCGGUGGGGCCCGAGCCCGCUCCACUGCACGACAGCGCCUCCUUCACGCAGGUGUCCAGAGGCCCCGUCUCCGCGGCGCAGCUGGACCAGUCGGCCUUACACUACUCAGGUAAUACGGUGCCAGCCGUGUUCGCCAUCCCAGCUGCCAACAGACCCGGCUUCACUGGCUACUUCAUCCCGACGCCCCCGUCAUCCUACAGAAGCCAGGCCUGGAUGUCCUACGCGGGGGACAGUGAGCUCCCCGGCCAGUGGGCCGACUCGGUCCCGCUCCCGGGAUACAUCGAGGCCUACCCCCGUGCGCGCUACCAGCAGGGCUCGCCCUCCAGGCUCGCUCGCCAGUACAGCCAGCCGACCGGCCUGCACCCCAGCCUGGAGCAGGCCCCAGGGCCCUCCGCAGCAGCCUCGCAGCAGAGCCUGGCCGAAAACGACCCAUCCGACGCUCCCCUGACCAACAUCUCCACCGCAGCUCUCGUGAAGGCCAUCCGGGAGGAGGUGGCCAAGCUGGCCAAGAAACAGACGGACAUGUUUGAGUUCCAGGUCUAGCACCUGAGCCCAGGGACUCCAGACGCCCACGCACACAGGAAGCGGCCUGUGGCGUCUCACGCUGACGUGGUGGGGCCCGGGGCACAGGCGAGGGUGUCCCCUUCACCCUGUUUCCGAAGAGGUGAGCACGGUGCUGGGAGGCAGGGGCCCUGAGCCCCCGGAUCCAGGGCUCACGUCACUGACCGCUGUCAACAAGACCCUGCUGGGACCUCGUGUCUGACAUCUGUUCUGUCGGCGUUUGAACUGUGGGAUGUUUCCCAGGGGACCUUUGUCCCAGGACGCCCUGGCUGACCUCCGGAUCCCGGCCUGGUGCCAGCUGUGAUGCCCCCGGAGGGCAGAGCUCUGCCUCCCAGUGACCCCUGCAUGUGGCUGUCUCGAUUAAAGGCCAGGCUGGCGGGCGGUGGAGCACCAGGUCCAUCUCUCAUUCGGUGAGACCAUGACCGCCACCAUGCCGAACGUCUCGUUUGUGAGGAGACACUGACCUACCGGGAAACUGAGUCUGUUCUCUUAAAGGCUCCUCUUCAGAGUCAAGUGCACUGGACAGAAAUGGGGACCCCCGGCCGAGGGAGAGUAAGUCAAGGGGGACGGUGGGUUGGUGUGGACAGUGCCCUGCAAGCUGGGGCCUCACUGAAAGAGCGUCCAUACUGAGAGUUUCUGGGACCCUACAAAAGAAGCUCUGCUUGUGGGGGGGUCUCCUCGGCCCUGCCUCAAAGGUGGCCUGGGAGCAGAGCUGCUCUUCGGGGGGUCACAGACCACGGACUCGGACAGGAAAAGCUCCGUCUCUCCACCAGUGCCGUCCUGCGCCCUGAGGAGUGUGGAGGGAGUGUGGACGGACCCCUGCUGGGCACAGGAGCAGGGUCCCCUGGUCUCCCAGGCUGCAGCCUCUGUGCCUAGAAGCUUCUGAAGGUGGAAAACCUGUGGAUUCACGCUGACGUGUAAGUCACCUUUAUGAAGUAUAUGCGGAGACAGCCCGCCCCCACUGGGAGCCAGGCAGAAAGGCAGUCGCUCUGGUGGCAGGGCCGCUCCCUUGCGACCCUGACGCUGCGAGAUGCUCCCUGGCCUGGGAUGGGCCUUCGGCGCCCUGCGUGGGGACAUCCUGCACCACUGAGGGGUCCCACACUGGCCACUGGCCACUCCCCAAGCCA